UAAAAGGAAUUAUGGAAGGCUGAUUGGUCUUGGCCUUCUGGAGGCUGGUCUGUGGGUGUCUUAGUAACUAAAUUCUGUCGCACAGCACGGUCCCCAAGGUGGAUCCUUUUGCUACUUUAGAGGGUGAAGAGACUUAGCCUUGAGUUUGAAGGUAAACAGGUGUUGAACCCAGAGUGAUCGCAAUGAGUGCCUGUAACAGUGGGACCUUUUUCCCCGUGUUGAUAAUUUUCCUUUCUUUUAGUAUCCGUCAGUCUUCUCUCCCACUUCCUUGCUACUCCCUUUAUUUUGUUUUAGGGUUUUGACUUUAUCUUACAAGGGACUUGAACCAAAUAUUACUGAAGACCUGGAACAAGCUGAGUUGGAACCAUAUCUGCUCAACCAUGACUCAAAUCUAAGUGCUUCAAAAUGUCCUUGGCAAACCACUUUGAUCUGGAACAGGAUAUUUUGUAAAUGAUUUACAGCCAAACCAUUGAUUCCCUGAAUCUUACAAACACGGAUUCAGAAAGUCCAUGCAUAUUGAGCACGUAGUACCUGUUAAGGCAUUGGCCUAGAGAGUGGACGUAAGAGAGGAGUGGAACCUGAUUCGUAUCCUCGAGGACCCCCUCUUGGUAGGGAGUGGGGGGCCCACCUGAAGACCUUGUGGCGUAGGGUGGUUGGUGUGGCAACAGCAGACUUCUGUGUUAGGCACCCCUGAACUUCUCCAAAGUCGGCGUCUUUGCAGUUGGCUGUUGAGAUACACAGAAGUUAAGAAGAGGGUGAAGUGAGGCCUUUCACGUGGAACGCGUGUGCUGAGGAACGGAGGCCUUAAUAUACUUGGGAUACGUCAGGACGAUCAGGACGCUUGGUGCAGGGUGAUAGGAGAUCAAGCUAGUAAGGCAGCUUCAGCUUUGUGGAGCCUGGAAAGAAGCCAGUGGUCUGGGUAUCCUCAAGGUCCAUGAAGAUUCAGUGUUUCUGUAGAGUUCUAGAAAAGGCAGGCGGCAGUGGGUGAGGAGUGAACAGGGAGUGAGGCAGUGAACACAGGUUGGACCGUUGUUCCAAGCGGUUUGUCACAAAGAGGAAGCAGAGAAGGGCCCCAGACGUGUGUGCGUGUGUGUGUUAGGACCGGUGGGGGGUGGGGGAUGGACAUCUCAACACCCCUAAAACAGGUAGUGGGGUCAGGAGUGCACGUGAAGGCUGCAUAAGAGGGUGUCGUUUUCUGUGGGACAAGCUGAGUGGACGUGGAUGCUUGGAGGCCAGGGAGGGAAGCGGGGGUGAUUGGUCGCUACCACCGUUGUUGGGUCACGUGUGAACCAAAUACUUAGCAUCGGCCCCAGUUGCUAUCUCUGGAUGGUUAUCCAGCUUCUGAAAGCUGGGAAAGCGAAGGAAGUGUCCUACAACGCCCUAGCCUCACACAUAAUUUCAGAAGACGGGGACAAUCCUGAGGUUGGAGAAGCUCGGGAAGUCUUUGACUUACCUGUCGUUAAGCCGUCUUGGGUGAUAUUGUCCGUUCAGUGUGGAGCUCUUCUGCCAGUGAAUGGUUUUUCUCCAGAGUCGUGUCAGAUCUUUUUUGGAAUCACUGCCUGCCUCUCCCAGGUGUCGUCUGAAGACAGGAGCGCCCUGUGGGCUUUGCUCACUUUCUAUGGGGGGAACUGCCAGCUGCACCUCAACAAGAAAUGCACGCAUCUGGUGGUCCCCGAACCAAAGGGGGAGAAAUACGAAUGUGCUUUAAAGAGAGCAAGUAUUAAAAUCGUUACCCCCGACUGGGUCCUGGAUUGCAUAUCUGAAAAAACCAAAAAGGAUGAAGCGUUUUACCAUCCUCGCCUCAUUAUUUAUGAAGAGGAAGAAGAGGAAGAGGAGGAGGAGGAGGAGGAGGUAGAAAAUGAGGAGCAGGAUUCCCCCAAUGAGGGUAGUACCGACGAGAAAUCGAGCCGUGCCAGUUCUCGAGAAGGAUCCCCUUCAGGUGCCCAGCAGUUCUCACCCAAGUCAAACACCGAAAAACCCAAAGGGGAGUUGAUGUUUGACGACUCUUCAGAUUCAUCGCCUGAGAAACAGGAGCGAAACUUAAACUGGACCCCAGCGGAAGUGCCACAGUUAGCCGCGGCCAAACGCAGACUGCCCCCGGGAAAGGAGCCGGGCCUGAUUAACUUAUGUGCCAGCGUGCCACCCGUUCCGGGCAGCGUCUUACCCCCCGACGUCCGGGGCAGCGUAAUGGCUUCGGGACAGAACCUGCAGAGUUCUGAAAGAUCAGAAAUGAUCGCUUCUUGGAGUCCGGCGGUGCGGACGCUGAGAAACAUUACGAAUAAUGCUGACAUUCAGCAGAUCGGCCGGCCGCCAAAUGUGGCACACAUCCUACAGUCCCUUUCAGCGCCCACGAAAACCUUAGAGCAUCAGGUGAACCACAGCCAGCAGGGCCACGCGAACGCCGGUGCCGUGCUGUUCGGCCAAGUGAAGGUGGCCCCGGAGCCACACCUGCCGCAGCCGCCGCCCCCGCCCCCGCCGCCGCACCCGGUCCUGCACCUUCCGCCCCAGCAGGUCCUGCAGCUCCAGCCGCAGCCGCAGAUCCCGCAGCAGCCCUACGCCCCGCCGCAGCCACACCCCUUCCCGCAGCCGCCGCCGCCCCGCCCGCAGCCGCCCCUGCAGCCGCAGCACCCGCAGCCGCCGCCGCACCUGCAGCAGCAGCUACAGCAGCACCUGCAGCAGCAGCAGCAGCAGCUGGCCCAGCUGCAGCGCCUGCACCUGCAACAGCACAUGCACGCGCCCGCCGCGCCCCCGCCGCCCCAGGCCCUGCCGCCCCAGGCCCCGCCCCCGCCGCAGCCGCAGCCGCCGCCGCCCCCGCACCAGCACCAGCACCCGCACCAGCACCCGCACCAGCUGUUUGGACACGACCCGGCAGUGGAGAUUCCCGAAGAAGGGUUCCUCCUGGGCUGUGUGUUCGCAAUUGCGGAUUAUCCCGAGCAGAUGUCUGAUAAACAGCUCCUGGCCACCUGGAAAAGGAUAAUCCAGGCGCACGGCGGCACCGUGGACCCGACGUUCUCGAGCCGGUGCACACAUCUCCUCUGCGAGAGUCAGGUCAGCGGGAUGUACGCACAGGCGAUCAGGGAGAGGAAGAGAUGUGUCACAGCGCACUGGCUAAACUCCGUCCUGAAGAAGAGGAAGAUGGUGCCGCCCCACCGUGCCCUUCACUUCCCGGUGGCUUUCCCCCCCGGAGGGAAGCCGUGUUCUCAGCACAUUAUUUCUGUGACUGGAUUUGUCGACAGUGACAGGGACGACCUGAAGCUCAUGGCUUACCUGGCAGGCGCCAAGUACACGGGCUACCUGUGCCGCAGCAACACGGUGCUCAUCUGUAAAGAGCCUGCCGGUUUGAAGUACGAAAAGGCCAAGGAGUGGAGAAUACCGUGCGUGAACGCCCAGUGGCUUGGCGACAUUCUCCUGGGGAACUUCGAAGCGCUGAGACAGGCCCACUGCGGCCGCUACACGACGUUCAGUCUGCAGGAGCCCUUUGCCCCUACCCCGCACUUGGUUUUCAGUCUCCUGGAUGCCUGGAGGGUCCCGCUGAAGGUGUCGGCAGAACUGCUGAUGGGCGUGAGGCUGCCUCCCAAACUGAAGCAGAACGAAGUGACCAACGUCCAGCCUUCUUCCAAAAGAGCCAGAAUUGAGGAUCUACCCCCUCCCACCAAAAAGUUAACACCAGAAUUGACCCCUUUUGUGCUUUUCACUGGAUUUGAGCCUGUGCAAGUUCAACAGUAUAUUAAGAAGCUCUACAUCCUUGGGGGCGAGGUCGCCGAGUCUGCGCAGAAAUGCACACACCUCAUCGCCAGCAAGGUGACGCGCACGGUGAAGUUCCUGACGGCCAUCUCCGUGGUGAAGCACAUCGUGACGCCGGACUGGCUGGAAGAGUGUUUCAAGUGUCAGACGUUUAUCGAUGAGCAGAACUACCUCCUCCGAGACGCUGAGGCCGAAGUGCUGUUCUCUUUCAGUCUGGAAGAGUCCUUGAAGAGGGCACACGCUUCUCCACUCUUCAAGGCAAAAUAUUUUUACAUCACGCCUGGAAUCUGCCCAAGCCUGUCGACCAUGAAGGCGAUCGUGGAAUGUGCAGGGGGACGAGUGUUGUCUAAACAGCCGUCUUUCCGGAAACUUGUGGAGCACAAGCAAAAUAAGAGCUUAUCAGAGAUCAUCUUAAUAUCCUGCGAGAACGACCUUCACUUGUGUCGGGAGUAUUUCGCACGGGGCAUAGACGUCCAUAACGCAGAGUUCGUGCUCACCGGGGUGCUCACGCAGACACUGGACUAUGAAUCGUAUAAAUUCAACUGAUGGCAUCUGCACCGCGACUGGAGUCCUGGGCACGGGCCCGGCCGCCGUCGGGUGGACGGACCCGCUUCCUGCAGAGGCCCGCGUUUGCCAGCUGCUUUGGGAGGCAGGCGCUCUAGAGCAGGAAAACCAAUAGGAUACAUAUGCUGCAUCUUUUUAAGAUGUGUAAUUUUAUUCUGAGGAAACAUAAAUUAUGUUUUGUAUUAUAUGAAUUUAUGAGCCCACAUUAGGUUUUAUGAUUCAUUUGCCAGGUUUUUAAAUGUUUUCACAACACUGUUAACAGAACUUCAACUACAAAUAAAAUGGUGUAAAUAAAGACCUUGCUAUCUCUAAAUUAUGAUGUUAAAGAUUUGAAAUGUUUUGUACUUUGAUUAUUUUUAUUUCUUAUACUCUUUUCUUUUAUAUUGAUAUCUUGCCCACAUUUUAAAUAAAUGUACUUUUGAACUUAGAA